AGAUAAUAUUUAAUUGCUCACUUGUUUUCUGACUCUGGUUCUUUCUUUCUAUAUCUCUUUCUGUCUGUCUCUGUAUUUUCCAUAAGUCUCUAUUUUCUCUUUCUUCCCCCGUCCUCUCUCUCUCUCUCUUUCUCUGUCUUUCUCUCUAUUGGUCUCUGUCUUUUAUCCCUAUCUCCAUUUAACUAUCUAAAUAUAUUUAUUUACGUAUAAUAACGAUAACUGUCACUUUUUUGUCCUACGAAUGACUUAAUUAUAUGUUCUCUACCCUUCGAAAAGAAGGGAGGUUUAAGAAUAUGGCCUAAAGCACUAUACUUAUUGUUUACAUCUCCAUUUUUUUUCUUUUUACAGAACUAGUCAACUGUUUCUUGCCUUUUAUCAUUUAAAUUCGUUAUAGAAAACAUUAUAGACGAAUUCUUUCUUUUGGACAGACUCGAUGAACAACACAUUUUUUUUGAACAAAACUGAUAAAUUAUAGCUUUUUUUUAUCAAAUCAAUUCAGCUAUGUAUAGAGAGACGAGAAAACGGAAAAGUAUACGAAGAUGUUAUAGUCAAACGUUUAGAAAGAAAUCAGCGAAAAGAGAUCCUUCUUUACCAGACUGGAAUUUCUUACCUUUGGAAAUUGUUGAGAAAAUCUUUCAAUUUUGUAUAUGGAACGAAGGCCAUAUUGUAUUGAAGAAACUUGGAUCUGUUUCGUAUUUAUGGGCUAAGGUUAUUGGAUUGAAGAAAUUUUGGAAAAAUGUUGACUUCGUUAAAGGAUCGGAACAAUGUACAAAUCAGCAAUUGGGUAGAAUGACGAGAAAUCUCUUCCCUCUGCUUAUUGAUUGUGAAACGAUACGGUUCAAUAAUUGUCUUACUAAUAGACAGUUUGUUGAUAUGGUGCCUAAAUUCAACAACGUAAGAGAAUUAUCUUUCCAAGCAGCAUCUAGAGUAACGUCUGGCUUACUCACAGAGUUAGCGGACGCUCGUAGUUUGGAAUCAUUAGAAUCGAUUAAUUUAAAUGGAACUUUUCGGAAAUCUAUCAUUCCCAAGGCAGCCUUGAAUUUCUGCUUCGAUUUAAUGCCGAGGCUUAAAAGAUUGAACAUAUCGAAUAAUAAAAUGCAUGCAACAGCAGCAGAAGCCUUUUUCGAGACGAUCAAUUCCAAGUGCCGAAAAAUGGAAGUAUUUGAAAUGGAGAACUGCUUAUAUGUUAACGGAUUCUCAGACCCCGAAUUAGAUUAUGCAGAAUUUCGUCAAAACUGCCAAUCUCUUAAAGUGUUCAACAUAAGUUGUACGAGAUUUCAAGCGUAUUAUCCAGACGCCGAAUUAGGCGUCGUUAUCCCAGGAGAUUGUCUAGAUUUAAGAGAGAUAUACUUGUGUUCAAAAACUGCUUUACAUUUACACCAAACACCUCAAAGAAUAUUAGGUCUGGUCGAAAAUUGUAAAAAUCUCGAAAUUAUUAAUGUCUGUAACCUAAAGCAUAUGGAUAAUUUUGAAUUUCUACUUUAUUUAAAAACCAAAAAACUACGAUCUCUUAAUAUUAGUUAUUUAUUUACUUUUAUAUUUCCUGCUCAAAUUGAUCUCAUUAGCCAAGUAACAGAUAUAUUCGAUAGAUGGAGACAUUGUCUAGAGGAAUUAAAUAUAUCGGGUAGCACAUUUUUAGAGCCUGUUUGGGCUGCCAUAUUUGAAAGUUUUGGCAAAGAUCCCGCACUGAGAAAAUUGUGGUUAAGGGACACUGACAUUCCACAAGAGCAAAUACGUUUCAUUGUAAAAAGAUUUGAAAAGCUAAUUUAUCUAAAUGUUUGCAGUAAACAUAAUAUUUGUUCUACAAAAUCUAUAGAUGGAGUAUUCUACGAAGAGAACCUUAAAGAGUUAAGAAAGCAACUCUGA